GUGUGUGUGUGUGUGUGUGUGUGUGUGUGUGUGAGAGAGAGAGAGAGAGAGAGAGAGAGAGAGAGAGAGAUACAGAGGGAUUUGAAAUUUGCAAAGAGAGCAGGACAGAGUACAAGGGAAAAAAACUGUCAAUGACUGUACAGUAUAACAUCAGAUUGAUCAAAGAUGCAUCAGAAGAAGGGAGACAGAUGGCAUUUGAAAAUAUACAUCUUACUUGUGAAAAUAGUACCAAAGCAAAUAAAAUAAAAAAAAUCUAUGAACUUGGUUGUGAAAAUUGUGCCAAACAAUUACAUUAUUUUUUAUUUAUUUGCUUUGGUACUAUUUUCACAAGUAUGGUGUACAUUUUCAAAACUCUUAGUACUAAUAUCACAACAGAUCAUCAAAAGUGCGCUUUUUUCAAACAUUUCAACAUAUUUUCAAUUUAUUUAGUACAAUACACAAAAUUACUUUUCAUCUAUAUAAUGUUUCAUCUAUAUCUAUAUAAUGUUUCAUCUAUAUAAAUGUUUCAUUCACAGUUACUGCCAUUCAUAAUACUAUUACUAUCAAACAUUUGAAUUGCAACUCUUUUCGUUUAGUUUAAUACAUUUGUCUAUUAUUUAAUCCAACUGAACUUUUUGGUUUAUCAAUGGACCAUUUGGUACACCUAUAGAUUUCUCUAUAUAUUGAUUCUAUAGGCAUAGUUUCUAUAGAACUUAUUUCUAACCAAACUUAUGGAUAAGCAAAUGUAAUGAAUUAUAAGCAAUUUAUCUUAGAUGAUUACCACAAUUUUCAAAGUGUGUGUGUGUGUGUGUGUGUGUGUGUGUGUGUGUGUGGUCCUGGAAAAUGAUAAUUUUAUAAAAUGUAAAAAUGCAGAAGGUUUUCUGUGAUGGGUAGGUUUAGCGGUAGGGGAUAGAAUAUACCGUUUAUAAAGUAUAAAAAUCAUUAUGUUUAUGGAAAGUCCCCAUAAAACAUGGAAAACCAAUAUGCACCAAAACAAAUAAGAAAAACUGUAACUCUAAUGUUUUAUAGAUGAGCGCAUCCAAACUCCAGGAAAGUGAGGUGAGAAUCAAACACUCUCUGAAUAAGAAUGAGGAGGAGUUUAGAAUCAGAAGGAGGAACACUGUUCAGCAAUGCCUGCAGAAGCUUGGGAUACACUGCAGUCUGAAUGAUGUACCAAACAUUGCAUUACUGGGUUCUGGAGGAGGACAAAGAGCCAUGGUGGGUUUGCUGGGAUCUGUGGUUCAGCUCCAUAAAUGUAGGACUUCUGGACUCCAUCCUUUAUCUGAGCGGAGUCUCUGGAUCAACAUGGUGCAUGGCCUCCUUAUAUCAGGAAGCAGACUGGUCUACCAAACUAGAGACUGUGAAAGACAAGAUCAUCCAGAGACUCAGCGGCCCUAAAGUCAGCUGGACAGAUGCAUUUGCCAAACUGAAGAAAUAUUACAAUGAGAAAGACCACUUCAGCUUGACUGACUUCUGGGCAGCGAUGGUCGUCACGACAUAUGUGAAAGAGAUCGAUGAACACACACUCACAGAGCAGUGGAACCAGCAGAGUAAAGACCCGUUUCCCAUCUACACAAUGAUCGACAAACAAAGCAAACAGAAAAAGGAAGCAGACCCCUGGUUCGAGUUCACUCCACAUGAAGCAGGUUAUUCCCUCAUUGGAGCAUUUUUGGGAGUAUCCAACUUUGGCAGUCAGUUUAAAAAAGGCUCUAUGAUGAAGAAGGAGCCUGAAAUUGACAUGCUGUACCUGCAAGGUAACAAAUUAAUAGAUCAAUAGUUUUUGUGAUGUAUUAAUCUGGUGAUCAGGUCUGUAGGAGUUACUCAUUUCUAAGUCAAAACUGAAAUGUAAACAAUAACAUUAGGACCAUUCUGAAAGCAUAUCAUCCUCUUGUUAAUCCAUGCAUCGUUUUUCAGCAAUGCCGCGAAAAAUACAAAACACAUCCAAA